AUGCCUCUUGUCAAGAUCGAUGUUUACAAAGGUGUCCGGUCCCCAGCGGAGCUACAAGUGCUCGCAGACACGAUCCACGAAGCUUUGAUGCACGCUUUCUCUGCUCCGCUCAAGGACAGGUUCCAGGUCAUCACACAACACGAGCCAGGGGAACUCAUCAUCCAGGACAAUGGAUUGGGAUUCCAACGAACUAACAAGCUCGUUCUCAUCCAAAUCUUCCAACAGGGAAGAGACGUUGCGGCAAAGCAAGCUCUAUACAACUCCCUUGCGAUGCUUUUGGGAGAACGUUGUGGACUAGCUGGCACCGAUUUGAUGGUCAGUCUCUCGGAAAACAAGAAGGAGGAUUGGAGUUUUGGUGAUGGAAAAGCGCAGUUUUUGACCAACGAGCUGUAG